GCAACCUCAGAUGAAGUACGAUGUUUUACCGGCUCAUUUUGGAGACCGAAGUAGGCCUAGACUUGUAGCAUGGACGGCGACGAGGCCCGAAAAGGGUUACAGGAAGCCCCAGAGAGGACAUUCCCUGUAUUCUUCAGAGGAAAACUAGGGGAGAAGCUCCAUCAGGAGACCCCCGGGUUUGACCUGUUGGACCCCAACAGAGUCAAAGAUGUUAGUUAUAACUGCCUCCACGACAAACACCUGAAGUGUUUUUUCCGCCAUCCGGAAAGGAAGAAGCGGCUGGUGAAGCAAGGCCUCAUCACCUCAAAUGAGAAGGUGCUGUGUACGUGUAAAGAGUACAAUCGCUACAGUAUCUACAUCAAGUCAGUUCAGUUGCUGUGGGAGAAGCAGUGCUGUGCCCAGCAGAAAACGCUUUUGAAGCAGUUCCUAGUCUUGCAGCAGCAAGGGGAGGUUCCGUCCCACAUCUCACUGACGGAUAUUAGAGAAUGGCUCAUUGCCAAGGGUAGAAACUACUUCAAGAACACGUUUCAGAUUGAAUGGAAGAGAGGGAAGAACCUUCACUUGGCCGAACUGGCUUGGGAUGUGAAACGACGCCUCAGGCUUGAGGAGCUGGAAAGAGAAGUGUGCAGGGAGCUGCGCCUGGAGCGCCGAACCUCGUCGGGAUUGGACAGCCUGGUAGCCAGAUGGGAGAUUGGAGACCCCUGGGCAUGGAGACACACACACCUCUGGUAAUGGACUCUCCCUUCAGACACUCCACCUCCUCGAUGGACACUCUUUCCAGUCAGAUCUCGACUAGAACCUCGAGGUUGCUAGGCUACAUACUUCCAGACCACGUAUGCCAGACCACCAACUGAAAGACCUAGCAGUGACUCUGAUCACUCUGGAACCUUGUCGACUGUGACGACCUGCUCACCACAUUCAGCUAGCCCUCAGUGGUAGGUCAUUUUGGUCAUGAACAUGUUCCCAGCUUUCACUCUUUGG